AUGGCUUUGCUGUGCCGGCAUGAUCGCGUGCUCUGGAUGGCGAAUAUGAAGUCCAAAGGAGAGAAACAGUUCUACACGCUUGCCCUGUUGGAAACGUUGUUCCAAGACCUUCCAGAGGACAUCGUCGUGGCCAUUCUCUACGACAUCGCAUGCCAACUCCAUCGAUCCGUUCUCAAGUGGGGCUUCCUCGCGCCGUUCAUCAAGCGCAUGGUCUUUGCUGUGGCUGUGUUUCAUGCAUUCGUGCACCGACUGGAAUGUCAACUGCGCUAUCAUCCUCGAAAAAGGGAAGGGCUGGGCUUCACCAGCGGUGAAGGGUGUGAGCGAUUGUGGCAUCUCAUCAGUCGUCUGAUCUCGUCUCUCCGCAAGUCUGGGUUUCACCACCGGCUAUAUACGUUGAACACCCAACUCCGAUUCAUUGAUGAGAACAACUUGUUUGCCCUUGGUGCCUGGAUGGCGCGUCGGCAGGCCUUCUGUGACAACAAACAGGCGAGCGCCGAGGCCAUUCUGGCUGAGAUGGCGAAGAGAGGAUACAGUCGCGCCGACUUGGCUCAGCAGUGGGACCUUCAGGUGAAGACGCAGACCAAACCACAGCCAAGUCGCUCGAAACAUCUCGGCGUUCAGGCAGUGAACGAGGUGCUCGCGUUGCGCGGGGAGAAGAAGGCUGCAAAAGACCGGGUCUGUGAAGCCGAGCAGACCUGGAAGGACGCCACUGGGGCAGAUGACUCUGCCCGGCUCGAUGCGCGUUCAGCCCUUCUGGAAGCGCGGCUCGAUCUGGAGACUGUGACGGAGAACCUGGCCAAAAGGGAGGCUGCCUUGGGAGUCGAUGGACAAGCGCGCUUGGAGAAGGCACAGAAGAGCAAGUUCUUCGAAUACCGCAUGAAUGCGCUUGCCCUCAAGACACUUAUCCUCAGUCUACUACGAUCUCGAAACUUGGAGCUUUCGGAAUUGAAGCGGUCAGGUCAUCGCCAGCAAGGAUCAAAUGGUAUGAUCUCAAUACUCUCCACUGUCCGCAUGUCGCUGAUCCGUGGGAUAGAAUGGAAACUUCGGAGCGCGAUAUCCACCUCUGUGCGAAAUCGACUUCCGCGAAUCCGUCGACUUAUCACGGAGUACAACAAGCUCUGUUCGAAACUUGCGGACCUUGCCAUUCACCGUCAAGCGCCCAAGGGGGCGAAGAUUCCGGCGACGAUCGAUCUCAAGGCCAUUCCGACCCUGGAUGUGGAUGACAGCAUCUGGGACGAUGCCGGUCUCACCGACGCCGAUCUGGGUACCACCCCCCCGCCCUGGUUGGUAGAUGACUCAGUCAAGCGCGGCAUCAGAGCACUUUUGGACGAGAAGCGAGCCGAGGAGGAGGGUAGGUUCCUGCGCAACGAGAGACGCUCAAUGAAGGCAUGGUUUCAAGAGGAGUGGUUGGUCGUCAAUCGGGCACUCGAAUCCGCUGGUGAGUUCUUGCUGCUUCAGCGUCUGACCAACCUGACCACAACAGAUUGUGAUGCCCUUCAAUUCCAAUUCCAAAUCCGCAGGACGAGGCUUGUUGCGCUCUGUGCUGUGUGGCAGAGCUCGCUUCCCGCGGGGGACUUCGUUACUCGCUGGGGUCCCUCCGAUGUUGAGUUGGCCGAGGUGGAUGUGAAAAAGCAUCAGCGACAAAGGAAUGGUGACAUUGUAGAUGUCAAUCCAUUUUCCGCUCCACUCGAAAUCGUUGCCGAAGAGGAUGACGGCCUUGCAUGGGAUCUGUUUGACAUUUGA